CACUGUUUACGAGUUUCUAUCGAUAACUUGGUUCUCUCGUAAAGUCGAACCGUUUAAGAUCACUACGACAUUCUGAGCGCCAUGGAACGGAAAAAUUGUUAUGUUUCAUCGACUAUCAACACUGCCUCUGAGGGUUACAAGCAAAGCUCUCGUACUGUGCAAAACGAGUCUGGUAAAAUGUUCAUAGAGACCGAAGUUCAACCCCAAGCCGGAGACACGAUCUUAGACCUCGGUUGUGGCACAGGAGAGCUGUCUGCAUAUCUUGCUCAGCUUGUUGGAAACAGUGGAAAGGUUGUGGGUGUUGAUCCUGACAAAGAACGCCUUGAACUUGCUAAAAAAUCACACAGUAAUAUCGACAAUCUUUCGUUUAUCGAGGGGAGCUCUUCAAACUUCCCUGGUAUGGGCUCAGAAUCCUACGACAUUAUCUUCAGCAACUACGUGCUGCACUGGAUCCCAGACAAAUCCAAUGCGUUUCGGAAUAUGUACGCGAGCCUAAAGCGGAAUGGUCAUGCCAAAAUUGCAGCUCAGUACGUCAGCUAUCUAUUCCCAUUCAUGACAAGCGCCUUUAAGGAACUGAAUCCAGAAAAUGCCGAACAUUUACUUGACAUGUUCAAUUUUGAAGCGAGGUCAACGAUCGAGCAAUAUUGUUCAGCAGCCGGGUUUGAUAUUGUCAAAAGUUAUGAUGCUCAGAUCGCAAAAUAUGUGUUUGAGAGCAUCGAAGCGCUUUUGAAGUGGCUUUGGUCCACUACAAAUGGUGCUUUUGAUCCUUCGCUCGUAACCGAAGAUCGCUUACAGAAUUAUUAUCCAUAUUCAAGUCGAAAUGGUCAACCUCCAUUUGAUUUCAGCGGAAUUGAAGAGGAGUCAACUAUUUGUCGAUUGGUGGCCAACAAACAAGUUUCUUAGAACACCACGAAACGUCUGUUUACUUACACUAACAUCAAUUGUCUGUUUGAGGACGAAAGAAUUAUGUGCAUGUCAGGUAAUUUGAGGAGAAAAUUACGAAACUAUAGUUCACGAGUGUGAAGUUUCACAAUAAUUCGCCAGUUUGCUUUUACUGAGUUACAAAGAAUCGCUAUCAAAAGCGAGUCCUUUCGACUUCAGAGCUUCAUAUCAUGAAAAACCUUGGCAGAAAUCGACGUUUUCGCAAGUUUUAGCUCGCCGAGUAUUUUUUUUUUAUCUUCCAGUAAAACAACAAUGACUUUCCAAAUUGUUCCGUUGAAUGACAUUCCAAUUACACGCUCGAGGAGCGUUCACUCGGGCUUCAUAUCGAGCGUUUUACUCGAGCAUUCACCACUGGAUUCAUACUCCAAUGCAAGAUCACUAUCUGUUGUUACAUUGUUUUAUAUAGCUUGUUGAUGUGUGUCAUUAUCAUCUGCAUCAUUUUGUAAAGCUGUGAGGUUGCUAUCAAUAAUGCUAAUAUCAACUUGUAUAUCUUUGUACAAUGGAUUAUAUACUUUGAGCCAGUUAAGAACUUGCUGUAUGAACUCUGGUCGUACUGCUUGAAAAUAAACAUGUCCUCUAAAUUGUAACUGUCUUUUAAGCUUUAGCAUUAUUAUACCAGAUCUGUCAGGUGGACGAGGGAGUUCUUUACAUGCCUGAUCACAUUCUACAGGUACAUUGCAUAUUGCACCUUUAAUUUUUUCUGUUGUCCUUUAUGCAAAACCACAAUCUUAUCAAAUACUAUUCGUUGAGCUAUAGUA